CCCACCCCUCACUUUUUUUCUCUCUCCAUGUGACUUUCCUAAAAACAAUGGCAACGAUCAUAUCCCGCAUUCUCAUCUAAUCCCGUCAAAUCUUCUGAUUUUUCGUUUUACCUCUCUCAACCCUAAACUUGCAUACUCAUUUUCACCUUCAUUUCACUUCAUCUACUGCUCAUAUAUUCUACUCUAAAUCUUGGAGUUUUCUAGAGAAUUCUGGUCUUUCUCAUUUCAAAUUGCUUUGAGCUAAAGAGACCCAGCUGUAUUUGCAUUCUGGUUACUCUUGUACUUAAUUAAGUGAAUUUUAUUUGAACUGCGUUAAACUAAUACCGCUGUAAGAUCAAUUGUGCUGUUGAAUUGGGAAUUUUAUAGAGAUCCGUUGUAGGUAUCAAUUUGGGUAUUCUGGACUGAAGAGUGGAGGUAUAUCAAAUUGGGGGGUUUGGAUCGGAUCGGGGGAGAAACAGCGCCAUUAGAUGGCGCUGUUCAGACGCUUCUUCUAUAGGAAGCCGCCGGAUCGGCUUCUUGAGAUUUCUGAGCGGGUCUACGUGUUUGAUUGUUGCUUCUCCACGGACGUGUUGGAUGAAGAUGAAUACAAGACAUAUAUGGGAGGGAUUGUGGCUCAGCUGCAGGACCACUAUGCAGAUUCUUCUUUCAUGGUUUUUAACUUUAGAGAAGGUGAUAGGAGGAGCCAAAUAUCUGACAUAUUGUCCCAGUAUGAUAUGACUGUGAUGGAUUAUCCUCGGCAAUAUGAAGGGUGUCCACUUUUGCCUCUGGAGAUGAUUCACCACUUCUUGCGCUCGAGUGAGAGCUGGCUUUCACUUGAGGGCCAGCAAAACGUCCUGUUAAUGCACUGUGAGAGGGGAGGCUGGCCUGUACUUGCUUUUAUGCUUGCUGGCCUUCUUUUGUACAGAAAACAGUACACUGGUGAGCAUAAGACUCUCGAAAUGGUGUACAAGCAAGCUCCUAGGGAGCUUCUCCAUCUUUUGUCACCUCUGAAUCCGCAGCCAUCUCAGCUUAGAUAUCUCCAGUACAUCUCCAGAAAGAAUUUUGGCUCGGAAUGGCUGCCAUCCGAUACACCUUUUUCUUUAGAUUGCGUCAUACUUAGAUUCCCUCCUCUAUUUGAUGGUGGGAGAGGCUGCCGACCAGUAGUUCGUGUUUAUGGACAGGACCCUGCUUCAACAACCUCUAAUAGGAGCUCUAAGCUACUCUUUUCAACUUCAAAGACAAAAAAACAUGCUCGCUUCUACCGACAGGAAGAGUGUUCACUGGUGAAAAUAGACAUCCGUUGUCGUGUCCAAGGAGAUGUUGUUCUCGAGUGUGUCCAUUUGGAAGAUGACCUAGUAAGGGAAGAAAUGAUGUUCAGGGUCAUGUUCCACACCACAUUUAUUCGCUCAAAUGUUUUGAUGUUAAUGCGUGAUGAAGUUGAUGUCCUGUGGGAUGCGAAAGACCAAUUUCCUAGAGGGUUCAAAGCAGAGGUGCUCUUUUCGGAUCCUGAUGCUGUUCCAUCCACUGAAGAAGUGCCAAGUGAGGAGGAGAAUGGGACUGAAGGUGCUUCACCUGAGGAGUUUUUUGAAGUCGAAGAGAUAUUCAGCAAUGCUGUUGAUGGACAGGAUGGAAGGGGGGAAUCUGGAGCCCACAUUGUUAAGGAAAGUUUGGAGGAUGAUGAUAGUAUCGAAAUAAUCUGGAAAGAGGAAGUGGAACAUCAUGCAUUUCAAGAUUGUGCAUCAGACGAAGUAAAUCACAAGCAAGAAGGAGAGUCUGCCUCAGAAACCAACAUUUUAGGAGGUAGAAACAAUUCUAUAGCCUCCAAGGCUGUAGUUUCCAAUGUUUCUAGCAAGAUGGAAUCAGAACUGCUAAUGUCUGGAGAUCGUGUCCCAUCAGAGGAUGGGGAGCUAAAGCAAGAUAAGGAAGACACUCUGAAACAGAAGCAGUUGGAGAGGGAAGGUGUACAACAGAAGAUGAGUGCUGAUAUUAAUAAACAAAAAAGUGAUAAGACAGUCUCAUCUCUAAAGAAACAAUCAUUCUGCAACUCAAAACCUUCUGCUGAUGGCGUUGGUCCAAAAAAUAAAUCGAAACAGCAGGAAUCCCAGGGCACUGUUUUACGACAGGCAAAGCCAAAUGCAGUGUCGCGGUGGAUCCCGCCUAACAAAGGUUCUUACACUAAUUCAAUGCAUGUAGCAUAUCCACCAUCAAGGUAUAACAGUGCUCCUCCUGUGCUUGCUCUCACCAAGGAUUCUCAAUCUGGGGUUAAAUCAAAGUCACCAUCUCCUCGAGCUUCUUCAGAAGCUAUAGUUUCUGCUGAAGCAGGUUGUCUUCCAGGUAAAGACUCCUCAUGUCCUGCUACAAUCUCUGCUCCUGAAUUAGCUGACAGGCAGGCCCUGCAGCUUCAUCCAUCUUCUCGUUCGCCGAGCACUUCAUCUCAUGAAACGGCUGAUGCUGAAGUAGCAGGAACUAAUUCAUCAUCAGCUUCUACAACUCCACUUUUGUCUCUGCAGGAAAGCAAUAUUUUGACAGCUUCUUUUACUCAGCCAGCCUCCAAUUCUCCACCAGCUCCGACCGUGCCUCCCCCGCCACCUCUGAACACGCCAUCUCUGUCUCUUUCAAGUAAUAUCCAGUCUUUUUCACCUCCUCCUCCACCUCCCCCACCCCCUCCACCUCCGCCAUCGACUAGCUUGAGGAUGACUCCGAUGGGUGCCUUUUCUCCUAUCCCACCACCACCACCACCUCCUCCUCCUCCACCUCCACCUCCACCCACAUCAUCCAGUGUAUUAAAUGUUGGUAGGGUCUUCUUGCCACCCCCACCACCACCCCUUUGGUCAAGUGGAGGGUAUGGAACUUCCUCAGAAGUAGUAUCUAGUUCGUUCCCGCCUCCACCUCCUCCACCUCCUCCACCUCCACCUAUAUAUGCAUCUACUGUACCAAGAUUGGCUGCUUUUGGGGUUUCCACACCAUCACCACCACCUCCUCCCCCUCCACCUCCACCUCCUAUGUGUGCUGCCUAUUCUCCUCCUCCUCCUCCGCCCCCACCACCACCUCCUCCUCUACUUGGCUCUUCAGCACCACCUCCCCCUCCACCACCACCAUCUCUACAUUCCUCACGAUUUGCUCCACCUCCACCACCCCCACCACCUUUGCGAAAUGCUCCUCCUCCACCACCCCCACCUCCUUCCAGAAAUGCUCCUCCUCCCCCUCCUCCGCCUCCUUUAUAUAACGCUCCAUUUGCACCAUCUCCACCUCCUCCACCCCCUCCUCCUUUCUCUAGAGCACCAACACCACCGCCACCGCCACCGCCUCCUUUGCGUGGCUCUGUACCCCCACCACCUCCUCCAUUGCCUGGAGCUCCACCUCCUCCUUCAUGGGGGCCUCCACCUCCUCCCCCUCCUCCUAUGCGGGGACCUCCACCUCCUCCACCUCCUCCUAUGAGGGGGCCUCCACCUCCUCCACCUCCUCCGGGAGGUGGCCCUCCACCUCCACCUCCACCUCCUGGAGCACGAGGGCCUCCAGCACCUCCACCUCCUCCUGGCGCUGGCCCUCCUCCACCUCCUCCUCCAAUACGGGGAGCGCCACCUCCUCCACCUCCUCCCGGAGGUCGGGCACCUGGUCCACCUCCCCCACCCCCUCCAGGAGGACGCGCACCUGGUCCACCUCCCCCACCCCCUCCGGGAGGACGCGCACCGGGUCCACCUCCUCCUCCGGGAGCUCCAAGACCUCCAGGUGGUGGACCUCCCCCACCACCACCAUUUGGCGCUAAAGGACCUGGGGCAGUUGGCAGAGGCCUUCCUCCCGGGAGAACACAGGGAUUUUCACGCACAGCCGGUGGUGUAGCUCCUCGAAGAUCUAACUUAAAGCCUUUGCAUUGGAGCAAGGUAACUAGGGCACUGCAAGGAAGCUUAUGGGAUGAACUGCAGAGAAACGGAGAGCCUCAAUUGUCACCAGAAUUUGAUUUUUCAGAACUUGAGACUCUUUUCUCUGCUAAUGUCCCCAAGUCAGAUAAUGCGGGUGGCAAAUCUGGAGGCCGAAGGAAGUCUGUUGGAUCAAAACCUGAUAGAGUUCACCUGGUUGACUUAAGGAGGGCGAAUAAUACUGAAAUUAUGCUCACAAAGGUGAAAAUGCCACUGCCUGACAUGAUGGCAGCUGCGCUCGCAAUGGAUGAGUCAAUUUUAGAUGCUGAUCAGGUGGAGAAUCUUAUCAAGUUUUGUCCUACAAAGGAUGAGAUGGAACUUCUCAAGAAUUACACCGGUGACAGAGAGCUCCUGGGAAAGUGUGAACAGUUUUUUCUGGAGCUGAUGAAGGUGCCUCGAGUAGAGUCAAAACUAAGAGUUUUUCUCUUCAAGAUCCAGUUCAACUCUCAGGUUAAGGACUUCAAAAAAAGCUUAAACACUGUGAAUUCUGCUUGCGAAGAGGUCCGAUAUUCUCUCAAAUUGAAGGAAAUACUGAAGAAAAUAUUGUAUUUGGGGAAUACAUUGAACCAGGGAACUGCUAGAGGUUCUGCCGUUGGAUUUAAGCUGGACAGUCUUUUGAAGCUCACUGAUACACGUGCUACUAACAACAAGAUGACACUCAUGCAUUAUCUUUGUAAGGUUCUUGCUGCCAAGUCACCAGCACUUUUAAACUUUCAUGUAGAUCUUGUAAGCCUGGAAGCUGCAUCAAAGAUACAAUUGAAGUCCUUGGCUGAAGAAAUGCAAGCAAUCAUCAAGGGUUUGGAAAAAGUUAAAAAGGAACUGGAGGCAUCUGAGACUGAUGGCCCUGUGUCUGAAAUUUUUUGUAAGACCUUAAAGGAAUUCGUUGGUGUGGCUGAAGUAGAGGUUGGUUCUGUCAAGGAGUUAUAUUCUGUUGCGGGCAGAAAUGCUGAUGCAAUUGCACUAUAUUUCGGCGAGGAUCCUGCCCGAUGUCCGUUUGAGCAAGUCACUGCAACCCUCUUAAAUUUUGUGAGACUGUUCCGCAAAGCCCACGAAGAAAACUUGAAGCAGGCUGAAUUAGAAAGGAAGAAAGCUCAGAAGGAGGCUGAAAUGGAGAAUGCCAAAGGAGUUAAUUUAACAAAGAAGGGUGUCAAGUGAAUGCGAAUGAUUUCAUUGUUUCAGUCAAUAUUGGGUGUCGAACAAUCCGUGCCUGUUGGUUAACCAUGUUAACCGAGGAUAUCUUCCAAAGACAGACCAAAAGCCUCCAAAAUUAACACAAGUGCUGUGGCAUUCUUUGGGUUCAAGAAAGAAUAUUGAGGCUUGUGAACCCCUGGAAGUGCAGUGAAAUGCUUUGCAGAUAGGAAGCUGAACCGGACACAUCAUUGUCGGAGCUCUUGGAUGAUGCAAGCAGCCUGUUGCUCCCUAAAUCAAUCCCCUUGAUUUUAUUAUUGGCAGGAUUGCUAUCCACCUCGAGAGAUUUGCUACAUGAUUAAGAAGAUGCUGCAAUCAAGACCGCGGAUUUGGAUAUGCAAUUAUGGAGCAAACAUGAUGGACUCAGUGUUAGGCACAAAAAAUGCAGUUGCCGCAAUGUCAACGUUCACCAUUGACCGCCAUGAUGCCAUGUCAACUGUAAAUUAAAAGUGUAACAUCAGCUUGUAUAAAGCCUAGGCAGUGUAUCUAGAUUCAAAGUUGAUUCUUUUCAUUGUAACAUAGAAAAAGGGGUUCCCUGCUGUAUCAGUUUUUGAUGGGAACCUACCACGAAAUUGAUUGUACAGAAAGCAUAGGAGAAGAUAGGAAUAGAUUAUUUAGCAAUUAAUGUAUCAAUAUGCAGGCUGUAGGAUUAGCGUCCCCUCUUUCCAAGAUUCAAAUUUUGGAAAAUGUUCUAAUAUCUUCAUUCAUUAAUGGCAGAAGUUGUCUGCAUUUCCUUA